ACAUGUCACAGCCAGACGCGACAUUUAUUCGCUUUUAAAAUCACACAAAAUAGUUUGUAUUCCUCUUACAAUCCCCUCACCGCUUUCAAUCCCUUUCACGCUCGCCUGCAUUUCUUCAGUCUACGAAUCAAUCUUCAAUCCCUCCGCCCACGUGUCAAAAUUUUGACACAUUCUAAAUUCCGGUACAUAUUACUGACUGCAGCACAUUUCAGCCAUUGAUAAUUAUCCUCAGCAACUAACUGCAAGAGCAAAACUCUAUCGUAACCACAUCUUCACCCCAGAUCGAAAAAUUAUCAAGUCUGAAAUUGUGGAAAUUACACUGCAAGAUUGAAACAAAUUUCUAACCUUUUGGAAAAUUGCUAAAUUUUCAAGAAACAAUUAUUUUACUUCGUAUUAUGUACAAAUGUAAGAUAAAUUAUUACAAUAUUAAUUACAUAACUUUAGAAAUUUAGUAAUUUAAUGUACACAAAUGGCGAAAUUAUUUUAUUAGACGUAUGAUAAAAACAUGUAUUAUAUUCAUAUAUACGUAUAUGAUCAAUAUGAUUAAAAAAAGAUUGAUAGUACUUUUUUUUAACUUAACUAAAAUAUUGUGAUAUUAAUCUGAUUUUAACUUUUAUGAAUCAAAUAAUUUGAGUGAGAAUUCUAUAACUAUUAUAUAUGUAAGAUAUUAUAAUUUAAUUUGUUCGUUGAAAUUAAUAAGUAUUUAUUUUCUCAUCUAUAGGCUUACUGAAGGACCUGUUUAUCUCAAGAAAAAUAUUUUGAUGUUGUCUGCUCGUUAUAUGUCAUAAUCGUUGCGGGACUUUACACGCUUCGAUUAUUCAAGUUUUGAUAUGGAUGUAGAAGCAAGCACCAGUAACAGAAAAACAGAAAAAUGCAAUGCGAAUAAUCAAUGUUUGAUAGCCGAAAGUGGCGGUCGUUGUAUGAGCACGCAGGCGAUGCAAUCACUUUACGAUUUUCGACAGAAUAAUCUGCUGUGCGAUGCGGUAUUGAGACUGGAGGACGGUGGUGUCUUUCCGAUUCACCGAGCCAUACUUUCGGCAUGCAGUACUUAUUUCAGGGCAUUAUUCACGACUACAUUGCAUUGUCGUGAGAAAACCGACGUUCUUCUGCCAGGCGUGACGAGUCCCAUGAUGAAUCUGUUGCUCGAAUACGCAUACUUGCGAUCGAUUGAUGUGAAUCGCGAGAAUGUAUGUGAAUUGUUAAUUAUGGCAGAUUACUUGAGCAUUCUGGGUGUUCUUGAGCUAUGUUGCGACUAUCUGAGAGACAAUUUAGCGCCAGAGAAUUGCAUCGAAGUGAUGGGAUUCGCCCGUCAACGCUUCUGCAAGAAAUUGGAAAACGAUGCUUAUCGUUUUAUUGUAGGACACUUUGUCGAGGUAUCUCAGAGAAAUGAGGAGAUUUUACAUUUACCAAUCGAAGAACUGAAACCGUUAGUCGGCGCCGAUGAAUUAAAUGUUAAGAGCGAGCAGACGGUUUGGGAACUGGUUCUGAGAUGGAUAAAUCACGAUCCAGACUCUAGGAAAGACUACAUAGUUGAUUUAAUGAAAAAUAUCAGACUGGGCUUGUUAGACACGCAGUUCUUUCUGGAGAACGUCAAGGAUCACCCCUAUGUCGUGGGCAAUGAUGCCUGUCGUCCCAUCAUCAUCGAAACUCUGAAAUUUUUGUACGACCUGGAAAUGAUCACGCAGAAAGAUGGAGAGGUGCCAACGCCGGAAAUCGCGCGGCCCAGAGUGCCGCACGAGAUUUUGUUCGCCAUUGGUGGAUGGAGCGGUGGCUCACCGACAAAUUAUAUCGAGACGUACGAUACGAGAGCAGAUCGAUGGAUUCCGAUCAAGGAAACAGAUCCAACCGGUCCGCGAGCUUACCAUGGACUCGCGGUAAUUGGUUUUGAUAUCUAUGUCAUCGGAGGAUUUGAUGGGGUUGAUUAUUUCAACAGUUGCCGUUGCUUCAAUGCGGUGACCAAGGAGUGGCGAGAGGUUGCUCCCAUGAAUGCUAGAAGAUGUUACGUUAGCGUAGCGGUCUUAAACAAUUUGGUCUACGCGAUGGGUGGGUACGAUGGAUAUCAUCGGCAAAAAACAGCAGAACGUUAUAAUUACAAAACGAAUCAAUGGUCUCUCAUUGCUCCAAUGAACGUGCAGAGAUCUGAUGCGAGUGCAACUACUUUGAACGAUAAGAUAUAUAUCACGGGUGGUUUCGAUGGACAUGACUGCCUAAAUACGGCCGAGGUAUAUGAUCCGAACACCAACCAGUGGACGAUGAUAACUGCAAUGAGGUCGCGCAGGAGCGGCGUGUCAUGCAUAUCUUAUCACGGCUGCGUUUAUGUUAUUGGAGGCUUCAACGGGGUAUCGAGAAUGUGUAGUGGAGAGAAAUAUAAGCCUUCUACAAACAGUUGGAGCCACAUUCCCGACAUGUAUAAUCCGCGUAGCAACUUCGCCAUUGAAGUCAUCGACGACAUGAUCUUCGCACUCGGCGGGUUUAACAGUGUCACUACGACAUAUCAGGUGGAAUGCUAUGAUGAAAAGACAAAUGAAUGGUAUGAAGCGACGGACAUGAACAUAUGCAGAUCGGCAUUGUCUGCCUGCGUGAUCAUGGGUCUUCCAAACGUAUAUGAUUACAUACACAAGCAUCGCGAGCGAUUGAUGGAAGAGAAACGCCAGAAAUUGUUAGCUCACGAGGUACGCCGGGCCCAGCAUCAGCAACAGGAACAGGGACAAGUGAGACAAAAUUUGCAAAUCAGCCCGAUGAUCCCGAUACCACCACCCUUUCCGCGCACGAACGAAAACGACAGUAACAACAAUCGCCAGCGUUAAAGCCACGUUAAAGGAUCACGUAUAUAUUCACGUGUGUCACCGGCCGCGCAACAUCUAUCUCAUUCUAUCGAUCGCCAAUGCAAAUUUCGGAUUAUCGCCAGACGAGAUGGCGAUCAAGGAAAUAAAUAUGUGGCCAACAACGAUCGAUUGUCAAUGGCAACAGCAAUCGAGGCGAUUGCUUAUUAUAUAUACAUCAUUAUUAUUCUUAUCUACUUGUGUGAGGAGAAUAUUUUCAGAGGCUGCCAUUUACUCAGCUUUAUUAAGUCAAAUUUUUUUGCUACUGCGGAAUAUUUAUAUUGGACCUUUUUGCGAUACGAUUUUACAUGUGUUGUGCGUCGAAUGAUUGGAACGAUUUCGAUAACACGAAGUAAACGCUCCUUGCCGCGAACGCGAUAUCCAAUAUUAGACACAAUGACUGUCGGUUGGAAUAAUUAGAGUGUGUACAUUAACACUGCGAGAAGAAAAAGCCAAAUGUAAUAUGAGAAGCGGAAUGCAGGAAAUGGAUACGAAGUUCUAUGAGAUAACUCUGUGAUAAGUAUGAUGAUAAAUAUGAACCGCCUGUCCAAGAAAGCGUUCGUGUGCCGUGAACUAAUUUCCCAACGACCCCGUAUGUGUGAUUGCAUGUGACAAGAAAUAAAGUUGCCCUAAUUCCACACAA